AUGGAAAAAAAAGUGGAUUUGUCGAUAAAAUUGAUCAUUUACUGCGCCCUAACGGUCGGAACGGACACGGGUGACGACACAUUGUAUAAGUGCUCUGGCAUCGGCGCCGAGUGUGCCCUGCUGUUCGCGAAGGCGUCCGCCAAGCUCGCGCUGGUCGGAAGAAACGUUGGCAACCUGAUGAAAGUCGCGAACUCGUGCAAAGAUUUCACAUCGGAACCUUUGGUCAUUGCCGCGGAUCUGUGUGUGCAGGACGACGUUGAGCAGAUUGUCAACAAAACUCUCGCCCAUUUUGGAAGGCUCGAUGUGCUCGUGAACAACGCGGGGAUCAUGGUUCUGAGAAGUAUCGAAGCCGGCAUCGACGCAUUCGAGGAAGUCGUACGAACAAACCUGUGGGGACCUUUUCGUUUGACGGACCUGGCCAUGCCGCAUUUGAUACAAGCCAAGGGAAACGUCGUUAACAUAUCCAGCAUGCUGUCUUCCAUGCCUGUGUCCAUGAUGACGGCUUAUUGCAUGUCUAAAGCGGCGGUGGAUAUGUUCACCAAAUGCGCCGCCGUUGAGUUUGGGCCCAAAGGUGUUCGAGUCAACGCUGUGAAUCCCGGGCCAGUGAAAACGGCAUUAAUGAAAAAUGCGGGACUUAACGAAGAAGCUGACGACUUAUUUUAUUCCACACUGGAGUCGGCGAGUCCUUUAGGAAAAGUAGCAUGCGGCAAAGAUGUAGCCGAGGUCGUGUUGUUUUUGGCGAAGGGAGAAGCUGGUACUGGGGCGUACUUGCCCAAAGAUGAGAACAGUAUUCCAUAUGAGGCCAAACCUGCGCCUUUAAAGUUGCAGACGAUGGGCCUGAGUGAAAUACUGUCUCGAUCUAUUGAGCACACCAAAAUGUGA